CAGGAAGAGCACAUCAGACGAGGACGGUCAGUCCAGGCAGACGCAGCAGCAGCAGCAGCAGAAGAAGAAGAAGCCGUUAGCAAAGCAUCAUGGAUGUUCUGAAGAAGGGCUUCUCCAUGGCCAAGGACGGAGUGGUGGCAGCCGCCGAGAAGACCAAGGCUGGCGUGGAGGAGGCCGCCGCCAAGACCAAGGAGGGGGUCAUGUUUGUCGGAAACAAGACGAUGGAGGGUGUGGUGACCGGAGUCAACACAGUGGCCCAGAAGACGGGCGAACAAGCCAACAUCGUAGCCGACACUGCGGUUUCGGGGGCCAACGAGGUGGCCCAGGCCACAGUGGAGGGCGUCGAGAACGCAGCCUUGGCGAGUGGAUUUGUCACCGUGUCAGACGCUUCAAAAGCAGAAGAAGGAGGAGAAGAGACCGAGCAAGCCGCUCAGUAGCAGUCGUGUUUGGUCGUCCAUCGCGGGGAAGACAAAGACGCUUAUGUAUCCUAACUUGAACUUUCACUGCAUUUGACCUCUGACCUAUCCCUAUCAGCAUCCCACACCCUUUCUCGGCGGAACGGACCCGUGGAAGCGUUAACACUGUCGCUUCACUGGCCCAUUGGGCGGUGGAGAAUGACAUCAGCCACAGAGUUGGCCCCGCCCCCAUCAGAAAUGCCCUUUGCAUGUAUGUUGCUUUGCUGAAAAUUGAAAAAUAACACACACACACGAAUGUCAUUAUCUGAGCUUUAGUGCUAAUUUCUUUUAUAAAACAAUAGAAACCAAAUAAAGUUAACAUUAACAUCCAACUGUGCUGUUUUGAUUGUCUUGAGCACUAAACUGUAAAUAGCCCAGCAAACAUGACAUGCAGAGCACAAUGAUGACAACAUUUAUUUGUAUCACAUGAAAACACGUAUUGUUCUGCAUUUUGUUUUCUCGCUGAGCAGCGGCGUGUGCUGUUGACAUGUCCGCCCCGCCCAAAGGCAGUCACAAGCCAUGAUGCUCUCC